GUAUUUCUCUUGCCGUCAUUCUCAUUCGUCGCUUUGCUGCCUAGUUUUUCUUUUUACAUUCGGAAGGUAGUUUAGUUGGCUGUAAAGUUUAUUCUCGUAAUGGCUGCCACGCUAAAAGUGUAGCUUAUUGGUUAUGUCAUGUUUAUAAAUUUUAAGUUCGUGUGUGUAAUUCGACUAAUUCAACAAGUGUUUCGAACAAUGUUCGCAUGAAAGCAGCUUAAUCUCAAUCUCCCUGGAUCGUUUCCUCUUUCAUGUUUCCUUUUUUGGCAAUUAAGUUAUGGACUCGGCGUUUGUGUACUGUAUGUAAUAAAAACAUAAUCUAUGCUCCGUGAAAAGUGUCCGUAAGAACCAUAUUGAGUGCCAAGUGGUUUGUCACGAGUUAAAAUGACGGAUACGCGUUCGUCAUCGGCGCUGUUCAAGCGGGCUGAGCAGUUGAAGAGAUGGGAGGAAUCCGAUACCAACAAACAGUCGCCGACGCCGAAGCGUGCCUCGAGGAUCCAGUUCUCCUCGGGGAUCGUGUUCCUGGCGGCAUGCACAGCCGGGGACAAGGACGAGGUCCAGCGCCUGUUGAAAAUGGGCGCUGACAUAAAUACGGCAAACGUGGAUGGCUUGACAGCCCUGCAUCAGGCAUGCAUCGACGACAACCUGGACAUGGUGGAGUUCCUGGUGACCCACGGGGCCGACGUGAACCGCGGCGACAACGAGGGCUGGACUCCUCUGCAUGCCACAGCGUCUUGCGGCUUCCUUAGCAUAGCGAGGUACUUACUGGAGAACGGCGCAGAUGUAGGCGCGGUGAACUAUGACGGCGAGCUGCCGGUCGACAUCGCCGAGAGCGACGCCAUGGAGGAGAUGCUCCAGAAGGCGAUCGACGAGAAAGGGGUCGACUGCGAGAAGUCCCGCAACGCCGAAGUGGACACACUGAUGAGUGACGCCAAGAACUGGGCCGCGAACGGCUACGUCGAGGUGCGGGACCCCAAGACUGGCGGCACGCCGCUCCACGUUGCCGCUGCUAAGGGAUACAUUGAUGUAGCAAAAACUCUCCUGGAAGAAUGCAACGCCGAGCCUGACUGCGUUGAUUACGAAGGCUGGACGCCAUUGCACGCGGCCGCGUUGUGGGGACAGAAGGAGGCGGCCGCGCUGCUUCUGAAAAGUGGCGCCGAUCCGCAUGUCAAUAACUACUCGGGGCAAACCUGCGUAGACCUAGCAGACCCGUCGAUCUCGGCUUGGCUCUCCGAAGCGGUGAUGAAACUGCCCCGGCGCAUCAACAACAACAACAAUAAGCGCAAGCGCAGCCCGCCUAAGCAGUACGACGCGAAGCGUGUCGUCGAACUACACAUCACGGGACAGGACGCUGUCAACGACAAGCCGGCGGCGCCGGAGAUCAUAACUAAGGUGGCGGAGGGCAAGCCGCCGAAGGGGCGGGCUCCGUCGCCGGAGCACGCGGAGCCCGAGCCGACGGAAGACGCGCCGUCGUGGCGUCGCUCCGCCAGCUUCAGAAGGCAGCAGGAGACGCCCAGAGAUAAUAAUAAACCAGUUAACAACACCGUAGACAACGACACCAUCCUGAGGAGGACGCACAGCUUCGAGAACGACAAGACAAGAGAGAAAGGCCACGUUGUCAGUUUGUUAAUAAGCCGUUUCGAUAAAACAAGACGGUCGAGAGGUUUUCAGGAGCUAAGUGCUUUGGAUCAAAUAAACCCAUCGGAGAGGAGAGAGCGCGACGUGAACACAUGGACCGCACCCGCCACCACCGCCGCCAACGCAAACACAACCACCACGAAUGCCAUCACCACGUCACAGACCACAGUCAGAAGGUCGUUCGUUCCCCCGGUGCGGGAUGAGGAGAGUGAGACACAGAGGAAAGCUCACGCUAAACGAGUUCGUGAGACGCGGCGGUCUACCCAGGGGGUCACGCUCGACGAGAUCAAAUCCGCUGAGCAACUAGUGAAGAAAAAAGCUGGUAACGGCACCACAGAGAGCCCUUCACCGGCCAGCCUCAAGAAAACAGAAGACACGCCAGUACCUGCCACUACGGACAACGGAUCGGCGCGUGGCGGCGACGUGGCGGUGCCGCUAGCGCUGGCGUGCGCGACCGCGACGGCGACCGCUACCAUCGCCGCGAGCAGCGAGCGCCGCCCGUCGUGGCGGCUACGGCUCGACCCCGCUAAUAAGUUCGAGUUGGAAGACGCGGGCCGAUCGUCGCCGCGCGCGGCUGCGCCUGCGACCGAGGCCACCGUCACGCUGCCUCUGCGGCGCCCUCCCGCGGGCUCCACCGCCAACACCACGUCCCCACCCGCCAACGAUGAGAGAGAAAAAGGCGACGAAGAGAAGGAACGCGAGAGCAGUUCUGAGAGCAAGUCGUCUUCAGCCUCUCCCGCCAGCACGCAAGCGGCGCUCAAUGUCAUCCAGCGCCGGCGCAGGCCCAAGCGACGCUCCACCGGCGUGGGACACGUCGACAUGGACGACAUCGUAAAUGACCGCGGUGGGGGCGGCGAGGGUGAUGGCGACACAGAAACAGUUCAGUCCGGAAGCGAACGCACCGAGAACCGCGAGGACCGCGACUACAAGAAGCUGUACGAGGAUUCGUCGAGGGAGGUGCUCCGUCUGCGCACGCUCCUCGACACCUCCGAGCAGCAGCUGCGUGAGGCGCGCGCCACCAUCACCAGGCUCACGCAAGUGAAUCAAAAUUCAUCAUCUGAAAUCGAGAAAAGGGAAAAGCGAGCUAUGGAAAGGAAACUGUCUGAGAUGGAAGAAGAACUCAAGUAUCAGCAGGCGUUGCAAGCGGAGAACCAGCGGCUCAAGGAUGAGAACGGGGCCCUGAUCCGAGUCAUCAGCAAACUGUCCAAGUAACCCCCACGCCUGCCACACUCACACAGACGCUUCCUACAAACUCACUACACACAACCGUGUCGCCUAUAUUAGAUAUUGACAAGUAUUCGACAGUAGAUACGCUGAUAGGUGACUAACGACGUUGAUUUGUCAACAGACAUUGGCCAUCGCUGGACCGAUCGGGUAUAUUGGGACGUGUAUGUAUGAACGGAGAUUAAAUGUAAAUUAAGUGGAACCGUUAAUGUAUUGUUUUAAAGUUCACGCUGUAUUGUGUACUCGAGUCGCUCUUGUUUAGUAGAGUUUGAAGUUAUGUACAGAGUUAUAUGGGGUGUUCAUUUUAAUGGUUAGAAAUACAUUUCAAUUAAUAAUGCGUGUUUUUAUUUUAUCUAAUGUAUUUUGGGUUAUUUAUGAUGAUUAUACGUAAAUUUGAUAUAAAAAAGUAAUAAAAAAGAGAUGUAUUACGUUUUCUAAACUAUUUUAUUGAAAUGUUUUCUACUGAGAAGCAUUAUUGAUUGUUUUUAGAUAUUCCUAAGUCAUUAGAGUUCGUCCUCGCGACGUGAUCGACCGAGUCCCGACAAUGUAGUCGCCGCCACUUGUCACAAACGGCCUACUGUCUUAAUGUAAUGCGCCAUUAUAAUAAUUAUUGUGUAAUUAGUAUUAUUGAAUUUUAAUAUUGUUGAUCAUCACAUUAAGGACGCAACAAAACGUGAAAGAUGUAGAAAAUAUGUCCGUAAUUUUUGCGAAAAUUCGUAAGUCGUAAGAGAACAGUGUCUUGCUAUAUGUAAUUAGAUAUUUGUUGAUAUUGAAUUAUUUGUUUAUGGAAUAUUUAUUCGAUGGCCUAUGGAAUGCGAUCUGUCGGUUCACUGUUCAAUCAGUUAUGAUUGAAGAAUUGCAAAUCAUCACAGCAUCAAUUUCAUGCAUUUAAAUGGUUUUCCUAUUUUGCUGACAUUUUAAACUGUUAUGUAUGAUACAAAUAUGAUAUUUGCCAAUUAAUUAUUAUUAUAAUAAUGUACUUGGUCCAAAAUAAAUUGCUUUAAACUUGACUCAAAAUCCCUAUAUAAAUAAAGAUUUAUAUAAUUUCCCUGACAAAUAUUUUUUCUUUUUAUAUGGGACAACAAACAUAUUUACUUUGUUUUAUAAAAAUAUGACCACACAUUACACUGCAUGCUAUAAAUUGUUAAAUUAAAUAUUUGUGAUAAAAUAUACAUUUGACAUCGUUGCAUUGUUAGUAUGAAACAUUUCCUGCUGGACCAUACCUAAAUUGUACCAUAAACAAUUUCUUAAGUUAAAAUGAAGUUACUCUAUUCUUUUUAGUUGUUAGAGCGGGAAUCACAAUUAAAUCUUUAAAAGUGCCUGAUUAUUUAUAUAUAACAUAGUAUUGUGUACUUAUCUAUUCAUCGAAUGUACUUAUGAACAGCGAUUAUGUUUUGAACCACCAUUUGCUGUAAUGUUAAUAUCGCACCUUCAGUUUUGGGCCGAGAUAUGGAUGUAUGGAUUGUGUUUUUAAUAAUCAUAUUGUUCUCGAGGUGUCCUUUUGUGUUUAUAUUUCGAUGUAUUCCUAAAAAGAUAAGUGUAAUAAAGUAGGUUAGUCAUUAUUAAAACGUUUUCGCGGCCCGCGCCGCUUUUAUAAUUUUGUGUAGUUAUAUGUAUGUAUCUCGAAUUAUUGAAUGGAUAAUGAUAUUUAUAUAUUUAUGUAUAGAUUUUUGUAAGCAGUAGUAAAAUGAAUUGGAAUGUGAUAUAUCGACUUUGCACGCCUUAGAUCAUGUUUACACGUUUAGUUGUUCGCGUUGGGUUUGCGAAUGUUUGUUGUUGUUUUCGGUCGUGUUCAUUCAGUAUCCAAUUUUCUGAUUUUUGGUGGCCCGCGAACCUCUGAUUCAUGCAUAAAAUCUCUAUAGAGCUGCAUACAUUUUGUUGGUAGCCGGCGACUGGUUGCGCCGCCAUGGUGUCCCGGUGAAAUAUAGCCCUUAAUGAUGGUACUUAAUAUUGUUGCCGACUGCUCUGUAAAAGUAUGCAGUAUAUUUAGUAUUCACAUGCAAUUUCAGUGCCACAUUAUAAUCCAUUGUGGAUCAAGGCAGUUGCUGUUAUCCAUACCUUUCUAGUAAUUCUCUUAUUAACUCUCUCUCUCUUUUUCUACUCUCUUCUCAAGUUUUAAAUCUCUGCACAAGUUUCAUUAAACUAAAAUAUUCAAACAAUUUUCAAAGGCCAUGAAAAUCAUCAGAGCUUCGUCCGCGUCCGAUGAUCAUAGCUACAAACAACAACACCUUAAUAAUUUUACCAAUACGCCCACAUUUUCAAAUGACGCACUAGUCAAAGGUGACUUUAAGAAAAACAUCGAUAUUUUAUUGAACGUGACACGCUUUAGAAAUUCGAAACAACUGUUAAUGGUAAAGUGAACAUUUUUGUUUCAUUGCUUCAUUUUGUAAUUUUAUUGAAAUGAUAAACUAAUUAGAACAUAGAAUGAUUGAGAGCGCGUUUAUGUGUACUUACUGGCUUUAUGUGAUGGGUGGGACAUAAUAAUAUGUUCCGUUAUCGUAACUAACAAAAAUUUGCUUCGUUGUAGAAACAAUACUCAUGACUUUCUAUGUACUCAAAAGAGCCCCGCAUAUAAUGGUUUCUUAUAAGCGUUUCUGUGUUCUAUAGUUUAAAUUUUAUCUACAUGGCAUGGGUUCAAAUACCUUUUUAUUUUGGAAUAUAUAAAUAAAUAUAUAUCCUUUUUUUUCAUUGACUUAUCUAUAAUUUAUUGAACAGUCAAAUGUUAUAACCAUUUGUAUAAUCUCACGAUGAAAUUGAAUAUGAAUAGAUUUUACUACUUGACAGCAGACAUUACGAUGGGCGUCAAUGAUCUUCAAAAAUAUUGUAAUGUAUAAAAUUUGUAGCCUUCGAAACAUAGUGGUUCUAAAAUUUUUGUUCAUAAAGUUUUUAUUUAUUUCCAGAGGUAAGAGUUAAUACAAUAAAUUUCUUCAUUAAUUUUU